UUUUCUGACAGUUCGCGCGCCAAAACAUCCCGCGAACGAAGCCGGACGCGGUUCGAGCACAUCAUUCCGCGCCUUGUUCCUGUUCAGUGAGUUGAUUUCGGCUGUCGGCGCAAUAGUGCGUAGUAAUUAGUGAUAAAUAAUUUAUUUGUAGCAGAUAAAAGAAAAUUUUUGAAAAUGUUCGAAGCACGUUUGAACGCCGCCACAACUUUGAAGAAAGUCCUGGACGCUAUCAAGGAUCUCCUGAACGAGGCGACCUUCGAUUGCAGCGAUGCAGGAAUUCAGCUCCAGGCCAUGGACAACUCUCACGUCUCCCUCGUUUCGCUCACCCUCCGCUCCGAUGGUUUCGACAAAUUCCGCUGCGACCGCAACCUCUCGAUGGGCAUGAACCUCGGAAGCAUGUCAAAGAUCCUGAAAUGCGCCAACAACGAGGACACAGUGACCAUGAAGGCGCAGGACAACGCCGACACGGUCACUUUUAUGUUCGAGUCCCAGAACCACGAGAAAGUCUCCGACUACGAAAUGAAGCUCAUGAACCUAGACCAGGAGCACCUGGGCAUCCCCGAGACAGACUACUCUUGCGUCGUUCGCAUGCCAGCCAUGGAAUUCGCCCGCAUCUGCCGUGAUUUGUCCCAGUUCGGCGAGUCCGUGAUCAUCUGCUGCACAAAGGAGGGCGUCAAGUUCUCCGCAUCUGGAGACGUCGGCUCGGCUAACAUUAAGUUGGCGCAAACCUCGAGCGUGGACAAGGAGGAGGAAGCAGUCACAAUUGAGAUGCAGGAGCCAGUCUCCCUCACAUUCGCAUGCCGAUACCUGAACGCCUUCACCAAGGCCACGCCGCUCUCGAACCAAGUCCAGCUGUCCAUGUCGGCUGAUGUGCCGCUCGUGGUGGAGUACAGGAUCCCCGACUUGGGGCACAUUCGCUACUACUUGGCACCAAAGAUCGAGGAAGACGAGAGCUAGAGGGACCAUCGCAAAGGGGAGGGGAGGGGAUACUUGGCUAAUAUUAAUAAAUGUAAUAGAUUUACAGUUCACAAUCCUUUUUUAGUGAUUAAUUUUUACGCUAGACUACGUCAAUCCUGUUCAAUCGUUUCUGUUCGGAUUAAAGGAAAAAGUUUUCUACAAAAA